CUACACAUUUUUACUGUCAAACAAAAAAAUAGAAUAACAAUGGAAAUUGAAGAUCUUUUUGAUUUUAACAAAGAUAUUUUAAACGAUGAAUUUUCUGAAAACGGAUCAGGAAGAACAAAAGAACGAGCAGAUAUUUUCGUAUUAUUUUAACUGUUCGGGUGAACAAAGUGAUAAAUUCAGCGGAGAAUCUAAAUUUCAUUCUGAUAUUCAAGGACUUUUAUAUGAUCCCAUCGUUACAAUUCCUGACAAUAUGGAAUUAUCUGGUUAUACCUUUGAUUGCGAUUUGCC